AUGAAGGGAGAGUUUCCACAUUGGUUGAUCAGGAACAACACAAAAUUAUACGCACUUUACUUGCACAACUCUUCUCUUUCGGGCCCUCUCCAAUUGCCAAUUCAUUCCCAUGUGUAUUUUUCAGACUUAGACAUCUCUGACAACUACUUCAAUGGCUCUAUUCCAACAGAAAUUGGAGUAUGUUUUCCAAGUUUAAAUUCUCUAAACUUGUCUGGAAAUGGUCUCACUGGUGGCAUUCCUUCAUCAUUUGGCAAAAUGAGUCAACUGACAGAAUUAAAUUUGUCCAGAAAUGGUCUCACUGGUGGCAUUCCUUCGUCAUUUGGCAAAAUGAGCCAAUUGAUAAAAUUAGACUUGUCCAACAAUCAUUUGUCAGGCAUAAUACCCCAAGAGUUGAUUGUUGGAUGCAGUUCGUUACAUGAGCUCAUUCUUUCAAACAAUAGUUUGCAUGGCCAAAUAUUCCCAAAACAAGCUAAUUGCAAAGAAUUGAGUCGAUUAUUGUUGGAUGGCAAUCAAUUCACUGGAAGUAUCCCAUAUAGCAUAGCUAAUUGCACAAUGUUGGCAAUGUUGGACGUGAGUGAUAAUCGUCUCUCUAGUAGCAUCCCUGGUUGGAUAACGAAUAUGACUAUUCUCCAAAUCUUGGAUCUGUCAGAGAACAAUUUCUUUGGAAAUAUACCAUCUAGCUUUGGCCCUCCAUUUAUUAGUGAAGUUUAUCUAUCAAAAAAUAGGCUACAAGGACCGCUUAUGAAUGCAUUUUACAAUUGUUUUGAAUUAACAAUAUUGGAUCUUAGUCACAACUCUUUCACUGGAAGGGUUCCAGAAUGGAUUGGCAAUUUUCCCAAACUGAACUAUCUUCUUUUCAGUCAUAAUAAUCUUGAAGGACUCGAUCUCUCCUGCAAUAAUUUGACAGGUAAAAUUCCUACUGAAAUAGGAAAUCUUGGCAAGAUCCAAGUGUUAAACUUGUCUCAUAACAGUUUGACAGGAUUGAUUCCACAAUCAUUUUCAAACUUGAAGCAAAUUGAGAGCUUGGAUCUUUCCUACAACAACUUGAAUGGCAGCAUCCCUCAGCUCACUCAACUAAAUUUUCUAGCUGUUUUCAGUGUAGCACACAACAACUUAUCUGGCAAGACACCUGAGAUGGUUGCACAAUUUGCGACCUUCGAGAAUAGUAGCUAUGAGGGAAACCCUUUCCUUUGUGGACCUCCACUGUCUAAAAGUUGCUUUUCUUCAACAUUAAUGCCAAGAGUUUCAGAGGAGGAUAAAAAAGAUCAUAAAAAAGAUGGUGGCUUUAUGGACAUGGAAGCUUUCUAUGUGAGUUUUCUGACUUCUUAUGCCAUAGUUUUGUUGACCAUAGCUGCUGUUUUGUACGUAAAUCCAUAUUGGCGUAGAGCAUGGUUCUAUAUGAUAGAGUUGAGCCUCACCAACUUGGACUAUUUUCUGGUGGACAACAUUCCUUUUUUGUUUAGAUGCUAUUGA